AUGGUAGUAGGGCUGAAGGAAUGGUUAUAUCUGCCUGCCGAAUUCUCGGGUCUGAGAUUCGCUUUCACAUCCCCAGAUGAAAUAUCCGCAUUAAACACCGACGAGCGGGGGGCGAACGCUUCUAAAGGUAUAGAAACAGAAGAGUGCGACUGCUGGUCAGACAAAAGCAUCCUAGAUUGA